AAUUCAGUAUUAAACUUGAUUCCGUCUCGAUUUUGGGGAUUUUCCGUUUGGCUAGCUUCUUUGCGCGUUCCUCCGUUGCUAUCUACGUUGCAUGCUUCCUUAGUAUCUGCAUCUAGAUUCGAGUAUCAAUCAGUGUCAACACGAUGGGAAUUUUCCGAUGUUCCUCUGAAGUUGCAACCUGCUUCCGUGCAUACAUAGCAUAGGUGACUUGAUUCUAAUGAAUCUUGGUCUCAUUCGUUUGGUGAUGCCAAUGGACUGAAGUUGGUUUGGUGUUUUGAGAUAACAAGAUACUCGCAUCUUUGCUAUUUUCGUUGUGUAUCUUUGGUAUUUCUGCCAAAUUUAUUUAUGCUUCGGGUGCAUUGAUGGUUUCACGCAUUCCAUAUGCUUCUCGGGCGUGUUGUGUAUACUCCCCCCGCGCGUGAAUUGUGUAACUGCGUUGCUAUUUAUGGUGGGAUGCACACGAUGCAAAGUGCAUGAUCGCGGUUUGGAACUCUUUGGAGGGUGUCAGGUAUCGAUAGGGUGUCUGGUCAUACCGUGAGCAUUAACUAGUAGUCGCGCACCAAGGUUACACCUGAACAGUUGAUGAUUUCACCUUUCGUGGCUUCCGACGUAGAAUAUUUGUGCUGAAGCAGAAAACGGGUUCGGGUUGCGCUUAUCAUAUCAAGUUUCUGAUACUAUUCAGGCAAAUACGUUUAUGCUCUAAAAAUACGCGGGCAUCCACUAGUAGGAAGUCAGGCAAAUAGGGACGGUUUAUUUGUUGUGGUUGAAUAACAAUUGCAUUCGGUCAAUAUUCAAUAGGUCACUUGGACGCAUGUUUACCAGUUCCUCUAAUAGACUGCAAACACUUUAUAAACAUUGUCAGCCCACGGUAUGAGGCAAAGUGCAAGAAGUCCGAUUUGCUAGGUAUCCGCAUCGAAACAACCCCAUUCCUACCUCAUUUGUGAUAUGUGGACAAUAUGUUGAGCAAGACUAUAGUGAACUGAACAUUUGCUGUACAUGCCAAUACCUCGAGUGUGACUCUAUCGUGGAAAGUUGUCGAUUGGAAAAAGACCAGUGGAAUCAAUUGAAAUCAACCUUUGCACACUGAACUCAUUGUUCUAUUUAAUUGCACGCUGUUUGGUGACUAUUUAUUUUCGGCGAACGAUUAGCGUUACACAAUCAAAAUGAGUACAAAUACGGAUGAAGUCCACUUUCGGGUCCUGGAUUAUUGUGUGUUUGCGGCCAUGCUCCUGUUAUCGGCCAGCACCGGAGCAUAUUUCGGAUUUUUCAGACGAAAAAACUUUAAACAGAACAUACAAAAUCCCGAUGCCCCGAUAAGUAGUAAAGAUACAAAUUUUGGUUCCUUAUCGCUGAAUGAAUACCUUCUGGGUUCACGGAAGUUGAAGGUUUUUCCAGUGGCAAUGAGUCUGGUCGCUAGUUACAUUUCAGGUGUCACAAUUUUGGGAACACCAUCAGAGAUUUAUACAUAUGGUACCCAGUAUUGGCUUAUUGUUAUUCCAGUCAUACUCAUGGGCUUUGCUGUUUCGACAAUAUAUCUUCCAGUCUUUUCAACAUUACGAGUUGGAUCAUCGUAUGAGUACCUAGAAAUGCGUUUCAAUUCUGCAGUCAGGUCAUUUGCAUCCAUUAUGUUCGUUUUGGACGAGGUUCUAUUUUUGCCAAUUGUAAUUUAUGUACCUGCCCUGGCGUUUAAUCAAGUAACUGGACUUAACUUAUACCUAGUUGCUGGCAUUGUAUGCGUGGUCUGCGUAUUUUAUACCCUCAUUGGUGGUAUAAAAGCAGUCGUUUUUACAGAUGCCUGGCAAGUAAUGGUCAUGUUCAUUUCGGUUGUGGCCGUAGUGAUACUCGGUACAAUUCACAUAGGAGGAGUAGAAGAUGUCUUCAAAAAAGCAUCAGAAGGCGGACGUAUUAUAUUUUUAAACGUGGAUCCAUCUCCAUAUGAACGACAUACAUUGUGGAGUGUCCUAAUUGGUGGAUUCCUAUAUUGGACCUCAUUCAACUCUGUGAAUCAAACGAUGGUGCAACGCUAUAUGUCGCUUCCAGAUAAAAAGAAUGCUCAAUGGUCCAUUGGAGUUUUCACUGUAGGCGUGUUCCUUUUUAUUUCUGUAUGCUGUUUUGCAGGGCUCUUGAUCUUUGCCUACUACUACAACUGUGAUCCGAAAUUGUCCGGGUUAAUCCAGGCCGAUGAUCAACUUUUUCCUAUCUACGUAAUGCAAACCAUUGGUCAUCUUCAAGGUAUCCCAGGCUUAUUCAUGGCUGGCUUAGUUGGAGCUGCCUUAAGUUCACUCUCAGUCAUCCUGAAUUCAACGGCUGCCGUCAUCCUCGAAGACAUCUUCAAAGGUUGCUUUAAAAUGCACUUUUCAGAACGAGGUGCCACCUUCCUGGUAAAAGGAAGUAUCUUACUACUCGGAGGUGCUGCACUAGCAUUGAUUUUAGUCAUCGAAAAAUUGGGUGGAAUUUUAGGAGUCGCCACUUCACUAUCAGCUAUUGCAGCAGGGACAACUUUCGGAAUAUUUACACUGGGUAUGUUGAUCCCGUGGAGUAAUACGAAAGGAGCCAUUGCUGGGGCUGUAUCAGGAGCUAUAAUGUCAGGAUGGGUGUCCUUUGGAUCACAAGCUGCUCUAGCUUCAGGACAAGUUAUUCCGAAUCGAUUACCUGUAUCGGUUGAAGGAUGUUAUGGAAACUCGACAGGUGGUUGGAUCGAGCCUGAAGAUCAUGACGAAUCGGGAGUGUUUCCGUUGUAUCGAUUGUCAUUCCAUUGGAUAAAUCCGAUUGGAGUAUUUACUGUAAUUAUUGUUGGAACUAUUGUUUCAUUUUUGACGGGACCAACGAAUUUGAAGAAGAUUGAUCCAGAUUUGAUUUCACCGGUUAUUCAUAGGUUCCUGCCAAAAGAAUGCUUCCCAGUGCCAGCCGACAAUGAUAGCGUCAGUGUUCCAGGUAUGAGUCGUGACGUUACAGCCGAAACGCUCACUUAUCUUCUUGUCGACAGACCCACCAAACGUGAACCCGUGGAGCCAACAACAGCGGUUAGUUGAGUUUUGUGAUACGACGCGGCGCUGCGGUCGAUUUGUAGAGUUUAGAAUAUUGUAGAGAAAAGUAUUUCCUUUUAGUUUAGUUUUCUUAAAUUAAUAAUAAUAACGUAGAUAGGUAAAUAAAAGAUUUCUUUUUUUGGUAGAUAACUCGUUUGAUGAACAAAUGAAUAAUUAUUUUCGUUUGUUUUUGUUUUCUCUUUUUUUUUUUUCUAAUAGUUGUAAUUAAUUGACAACAAUGCUGUGAUAAUACUUGCAUAUUUUUCGGGUGCUUGGUAAAAUGUAAAAAAAAAAAUAAUAAAAUUUUUGAAAUAAACGUUUUUUAGUGGAA